UGAUCCAAGAUACCCUUUAAUGCAUUUUGUUAUUCGCAUCCACCAAUCCAAAAGAUCCAUCCACACUUUAAUAUAUUGUACCAGGUGCUCUCUUGCUUGUACCUUACUUCAAGCUCUCUUUUCUUGAAUGACCGAAAAAUUCCUUUUUGAUGACCGAAAAAUCCGUGAGACCCAGCGGCGCACGGUUCGAAAUCUGUGGAUAAUGAGCCUGUCACUCUAUCCUUCUCCACUUAAAUAUCAGGCUUUUGUCUAUGAUAGGGUUCUAACUUAGCCCAACUAUUAGAUUUAGAUCUUAAAAUUUUAGAAGCAUCCACCUAAUUGGAAAAAAAAAAAAAAAAAAAAAGAGAAGAAGUCUCCUUACCUAAGUUUUGUUAUUUUUGACUAUUUUAUUCUACCUACAUCUACUAAUAACACAUGGCUUGAGUUACACCCUCUUAAACAAAUCCCCCCCCCCCCCCCGGGAAACAACAACCUAUGCCACACACACUUCCUAUAUACACAUAGAACUAGUAUAUACUUGGUAAAAGUAGGAAAAUUUAGGGAUCAUAAGAAAUGGGAAGUUUUCAAACAAAGGACAAAAGCUAUCCAAAAGACAAAGUGGUAGAAGGGUUGAAGUAUAACGUAAGAUUUCUUCAAGCUGAGGUAAAUGAAAUAAUGUGCAUGAGGGAACAUGAGAGUCAAGUUAAUGCACAAGAGAUGAUCAUAUUUGCAUUGAAAGAAGCAGAGUGGAAGAAGGAAAGGAAGAAGCUAAAAGAAGCAGUGAAGAAGUUGAAGAAGAAAUUGGAACAGAAAGAAGAAGAAGAAAAGUUCAAAGGAGUAGAAAAUGAUGAGAUGUUUAGUGUAAAAGGAGAUAAAUGGCGGCAUCAAUUAGCAACAAGCUAUUUGUUGGAGCAAAUUAGGAAUGAGGAAGCUAUAAGAGAUGAGGCUAUUGAGAAGUGGAAACAACUUUAUUUUGCAAUCAAGAUGGAGCUUGAUGAUCUUAUUCAUAGGACAAAUCAAGGAGGAGGACUCUGCUGGAAAACAGAGCAAAUGGAAUUAUUAGAGAAGCUGCAUAUGGAGCUAAAAGAAAAGGAGGAAAAAAUUGCACUUCUAAAGGAGCAAAUAGCUUCAAAGGAGCAACAAGAACUCAAGAGGGAGAGGGAGAUAGACAUUAUGAGGCAAAGCUUGAAAAUCAUGAGCUACAAUAUGAAGGUAGCAAGCUUUUCUAAGAAUCUUUCAAAAAGCUUGCAUCUGUAAAAGGUAGUCAUUUUAAAGGAGAAUGAUAGUACUACUAGUUCUUUUUGUUUU